AGGCAAGAAAUGGCGCUCGCUAACGCCCCAGGACCGGCGCCCGUUUGUCGAAGAGGCGGAGCGCCUGCGCGUGAUCCACAUGACGGAGCACCCGAACUACAAGUACCGCCCGCGCAGGCGCAAGCACAACAAGCAGCGGGCUGGCAGCACCGGACAGCCAGGAGCCCAGGGUCAGCCGCCCGGGCAGUCGACUGGGCCGCCCAGGGUGCAGACGGCGCUGUCGAGUCCCGCGGGUGCGUCGAUGCCCAGUCCGAGGUACAGCCAGGGGUACGUGCCCAAUGCGGCGAUGAGCCCCACCGUGCAGCAACAGGUGACCGGCGGCGGGACCUUUGCCACCAUUGAAUUUCCUAGUCCAGGUGGUAGCGUAGACUAUACAGUGGAUAAGCGAUACAGUCCGGACAACUUCAAAUUCAACAGCCAGUUUUCAUAUGUGGACUACCAAAACUUCACUCAGAAGAGCCCUUACUCCACCCAAUCACCGGAAGCAUCUCCAACGCAAAGUCCGGAGCCUAAAAGCUCCAAAACACCCGGUAGCCCAGGAGACAGUAAAGACGGUUUGGGAGAGCGAAGAUCAGCUUCCCUACCGACACCUCAGUUGUCGCCUUUGGAGCAUGACAAAGAGGCUUACCAGCAGUACGACGAUAAAAGGAUUCCUAUUAGUAUACCCAGCACCAUGACAAACACUAACGCCAGUCAAAGUUACAAUAGUAGCAGGGUUCAGAACUAUAGGCAACCUAGCACGAACUAUACCAACACUCAACCCAUUACCUCUGUUCCAAUGGCGAACGGCAUGUAUGUGAUGUGUGCCAAUAAGAGCAGUGUUGAGCAAGGUCACGUGGUCACUGGGACAUUUUAUCCACCUGUGGCGACGUCUCAAGACCAGCAACUUCUUGGCAAUGCCCAAAACGUCCACACCAUCGCAACUAGCGCAGCAAAUAGUUUACAUUACUACCCCGCUAGCAUACAUCCGUCGUACUAUAGCAAAGAGUACGUUUACGAGACUCAUGAUCCAAACAAAGAUAGUUUCCUGGGAUACCAACAACAGAUGAAGCAGAUGAUGGACGCUCAAGCAGCAUAUAAGCAAACGCCCAUGGAAGAAGCAUAUCAAGAAUAUGCCAACCAGGAUAGCGGCCAGCUGGUACAAGGAUACCUUCCGGCUAGUGAAGAACGCAGUGAUGUAGAUAGUGACGUAGACACUCGUGAAUUUGACAAGUAUCUAAAGUUCGGUAAUAGUGAUACCAACGUGAUAGAUUCUAACCACAAUUACCAUAGGAACGAAUCCGCGAAUACGAACGUGGCUUACAAUUUCCAGGCACAACAUACGUCAGUGAUUCUUCCCACGAACGUGAAGCCGGAACCUUACCUGGGACAUUGUCCUGAGGGUGUGUAUGAUCUGGCACAAAAUGGAGUGCCGAAAAAUGAGGACGAUUUCAGUGAAAUAUUGGCUGGAGUAAGGAAAACUUGCUUCAGCACGUGACUAGGAUGGAUCAGUAGGUCCGACGUGCAAUAUGGUUCCAAGUGAUAAAUGUUUAAGAAAGUUUCGUAGGGUGCUUCACUCAAAAUACUAGUCAGAACGUGAGGCACACAGGUCCAUGCAAAAAUCAUAUAAACGCAAAUAAACCAAAGUGCC